AUGUCCAUUUGCAAAGGGUUUUCAGGAGUGGGAAGCUCUAACAACUACAGACCUCGCCUGCUGACCUCAGCCUCUUACCAAAGUUCAGGCAUGUUGCCCUGGAAAGUUACCGAUUUUCAGGCGAGAAGCGGGCUGCCUGCAUCUCUGGCUCUUUUCCUCAUCGUCCUUCUCUCCUCCUGCAGUUUAAGUAGCGCACACAGCACCACAGUGGAGCACGACUUCCACAUUGUGCACAAUGUGGACAACAGAAGUCCGGAGAUAGACCCCUUCUGGUACGUGGGUCGCGGCGUGAGACCCAUCGGGCGGUUCGGAAAGCGACAGAACCGCAUCGAGUCAAUGGACGAUGUGGAGAUGCAGCCUGUCGUCCGGAUGCUCGAGCUGCUCUUUAACAGUCUGCAGAACAAGGAGAACCUGGACAAGGUGCUGCAUGGAGAGAACGGAGGCUGGCUACCAUGACAACAUGGAUCCCUUCUUUACAUCGACCAACAAAAACUCUCGUACAUCCCAUUGAGGCUUUGCUCUUUGUCCCUGGUGAUUAUUAAUAAAAAACAAACUGCAAAUGUAUCUAUGUGUA